UGCGCAUAUCCGGCAAAUACUGCCGGCUCUGGGGGAGGGGUACAAUCACCAUGGAGACCCUGGGCCUAGGCUUGGGCUUCGGCCUCCUCUCCGCUCUCAUCUACACUUAUUACUUAUGCAUCCGAAGCAUUUACCGCAAGAAUGGCGGCGUUGGUCGACAGCCUCCUAUAUCCGUAAAGGAGGAAGCCGGGGCGGCUGCCCUAUUAGUGACUGCGCACCCGGAUGAUGAGUGCAUGUUCUUCGCCCCGGCGUUAUUGUGGCUGACGGGCCGCCGCCUCUCCGUUCACCUGCUGUGCCUGUCCACAGGGAACUUCUACAAGCAAGGGGAAAUUCGGAAGAAGGAACUUCUGCAGAGCUGUGCUCUUCUGGGGAUCCCUUCAUCUCGUGUAACCAUUUUGGACCAUAAAGCUCUUCCAGACAAUCCAGAACUGCAGUGGGACCCAGAGCUCGUUGCAAAGCUUAUCCUCAGACAUGUACAGAUACAUCACAUCAGAAUGGUAUUGACCUUUGAUCGAGAUGGAGUGAGUGGACAUGCGAAUCAUAUUGCUGUUUACUAUGCAGUCAGGAAACUUUAUUCAAAGAAGAAACUGCCCAAUGAGUGCCAAAUUCUUGUACUCCAAUCCGUAAAUAUUCUCCGCAAAUACAUCUCCAUCCUUGACCUGCCGAUUAGCUGGAUGAAGCCCCAUCAUGUGAUGUAUGUAUUAGACAGCUGGGGAUAUCAACAGGCCAAGAAUGCAAUGUACUGUCAUCAGAGCCAGCUACAAUGGUUCCGUCAUCUCUACCUGUACUUCUCCCGUUACAUGUUUAUAAACACCUUCCAUUUAAUGUCACGGUGACAUUUGAUAACAACUCCCUUCUAUUAUGUAUCGUCAAGCUUCUGAAGAGGUGUUCUAAAGAAUCCUCCUCCUGGAAAUUUUAUUAAAGACUGGGUGAAAAUAUAUCAACAGACCUUUCAGGGAAUUACAUAAAAAUAUGAUGACAACUAAAAUUGUGGUGAGAGUUUCAGUUGUUGGCUCCUGUAAUUGUGAUUUUCCUUUUCUUUGGACGAUUGAACAAAUUUAUUUCUAUUUAAGCAAUUAAUAGUCUUGUUGAGAAUUGCACAGGAGCUAAAUUUUAGCUAAUAAUGGCCAGAAGCUGCCAAAGACUUUUAAUGCAGCUGGUAUUUGGAUUCUUUAAAGUAAAUAAAUCGUGUAGAUCAUAUUGAUUGCGAUACAUGAAUUUCCUUUUGAGUUCUAGUCAGCUCUGCUAUAAUGCGAAUUCUGGCAACGUAAACUGGCUGUAACGUGACCGACGAAUAUGGGAACGCUAUUUCUAAAAUGCGAACUUGUGUUGGCUACAACACGAUCCUAUUAGUGCACGGAGGAGUACGUGCUGACAUCACAUGAUCGUUUUGUAGGCUUUGUCCUGAGCAUGUGCAAUGUUAGCAACAAAAGGGCUGCCAUGCUGGCAUCACAUGAUCAACAGACCAACCCCAAAAUCUCAUUCCCUAUCAAGUCAUCUUGACAAUUUUUGAAGGGAAGAUAUUAAAUUUAGUUGUAUUCCAUUAUUAGUUGUGAAUUAAACAUUCAACUGUGCUAUCCUUUGUAUUAGGCUUUUGAGUGACUUUUUGAGUAGUAUUUUUUGGUGAUCUGCCCCCAAACCGGCUUCUCCCAUAGGUCACAUUAUUUCUAUAGCGUAAUUUUCUAUAACGUGAUGUUGCACAGGAACACAACUAUCGUGUUAUAACAGAACCGACUUGGUUAUUAAAACUAGAGGACGCGUAGCUAAUAUAUUCCUUAAAUAAAAGGGUUGGGGAAGGGAGAGGGGCAGGAAGUUACAUCUUCUGCAUGUAAUAUUCCUCCACUCAUAACCACUGAGGAUGUGAAGAGCUGAAGCUACUUAUAGCAGCUGCCAAUGCAUUUUGCAAUGUAUGAGCACCAAGUGGUUUAUACCAUAUUGCCUGUGGUUUAAUUGUGUUUUUGAAUAUAUUAAAGAUUCAUAUAUAACACAUCAAUAAA